AUGGUGAUGUACUCCAGUCAUGGUAGGUUAGAAAAGGCAUGUUGGAUAUUCAAUCAAAUGCCAGAGAGGGAUGUUGUUUCGUGGAAUUCUAUAAUAUCUGCACAUCGCAACCGCCGGGAAGCCCUCGCCUUGUUGGAGCAAAUGGAAGAAGCGGGUGUUGAGCCUGAUAAAAUAACGUUUGUUUCAAUAUUAUCAGCUUGUGCCCACUUAGUUUUGGUGAAGGAGGGAGAGAGAGUAUUUGCUUUGAUGCGCGAAAAAUAUAAAAUAAAACCAAUUAUGGAACAUUAUGGUUGUAUGGUUAACCUUUAUGGAAGAGCAGGACUAAUUAAAAAGGCUUAUAGCAUCAUAUUGGAUGGAAUGGGCUAUGAGGCUGCAGGUCCAACUCUUUGGGGAGCUUUAUUGUAUGCCUGCUUUUUGCAUGGAGACACAACUAUAGGGGAGAUUGCUGCAAACAGGCUUUUUGAUUUGGAGCCAGACAACGAGCAUAACUUUGUACUUCUUAUGGGGAUUUAUGAAAAUUCAGGCAGAUUAGAGGACAUGGAGAGAGUUAGAAUGAUGAUGGUUGACAGAGGAUUGGAUUAUUAG